UACGUCUUUCGCCCUCCCAUUCAUAAAAAAAGCCAUUUUCCCAAGCAGUUGGAGCAGCGUUUUAAGCAGUCAGUGUCCGGAGUGCAGCGCAGUUCUCAGACGCUCGUGCCUGUGGGCUUUUUUUUUUUUUUUAAAAAAAUCAUUAUUAAUAAACCUGGAUUACACCUCUGGAAUACACACACAGUAAACGUGUCGGGACAUGGGCUGCUACACACACCGAGGUUGAUAGAUGUGAACUUCCUUGUGGUACAUGAAGGACAAAGACCUAGCGAUGGAGUCUCGGGUUCCCCACCACAUUCCUGGAGUGUCCUCCUCUGUUGUGGUGCAGCCCCUGCUGGACGCCCGUGUCCCCUACGGAAGGCUGCAGCACCCCCUCGCCAUCUUCCCCAUCGACCGCAUGAAGUCCUCCCGUGUGGAGAACGACUACAUCGACAGCCCCGCUGUAGUGCUGCAGCCACCGGCCAGCCAGAAGUUCACCAGGGGGCUCCACGAAGCCUCUCUCGGGGCCUCUCACCCCUCCAGGGGACACCCGCAUGACGUCACGCACCCCUGGAUCGCUUUUGGCGGACGUCCUGGCUCCGUGGGCAGCAGCAGCAGCGGAAGCGCUUCCUCGGAGCAGAGGUUGCUGGACCACGCCGCCCCGGCCCCAGCGGCGGAGGCGCGCUCCGGCUUCGCGGGGGCCUCUGGCUUCCAGCCCAAGAUCCUCAACUACGAGCCUGCGGACCCAAAGUGCUCAGCUGCAGCGAAGGCGCAUGUGCUCCCGUGCGAGACGUGCGGGAAGUGCCGGUGCACGGAGUGCACCCUUCCCCGGACGCUGCCCUCCUGCUGGGUGUGCAACCAGGAGUGCCUGUGCUCCGCCCAGAGCUUGGUGGAUGCGGCUACUUGCAUGUGCCUGGUCAAGGGUGUGUUUUACCACUGCACCGACGAAGAGGACGAGGAGGGCUCUUGCGCCGACCGGCCUUGCUCGUGUGGGCCGUCCAACCGCUGUGCCCGUUGGACCUUCAUGGGCGCCCUCUCCCUGGUGCUGCCCUGUCUGCUCUGCUACCUGCCGGCCGCAGGCUGUGCCAAGCUCUCCCAGAGGUGCUACGAUGGCGCCCGGCGUCCGGGCUGUCGCUGCAAGAACUCGCAGACCGUCAAAUGUUUGGAGGGAAAAGGGAGUGAGCUGGGGGUACAGACUUCCUGAUGCUGUCACCGACACUCCCCCAACCCCCCAG